GAUGCGAAGGUAGGCAUCAGUUGUUUAGCCCACGCUUCAACUAUAGAACCCAACUAGGACAUUAGGAAGAAGUAGAAGUAAAGAAAUAUGGUCCAGUUUUCAUUGUUCUCUGGAAUUUUAUUGGCAUCCCUGGCUUUGGCCAAGGCCACCGAUUAUUGUUCUCCUUCGCUGUGCAAGGAGGGCGUUAAUCACAUUGCCUGUGGCCACGAUGGAGAAUUAUCUGAAGUCUGUCCCUCCGAUGCCAAAUUAGUCGAAAUUGAUGAUCAAUUGAAGGAGGUCUUAGUCAAUGCCCACAAUGCCAAACGUAAUCUAAUUGCCGGUGGUGAGGAGGAGAAACAUGAGCCUGCUUGUCGUAUGGCUACCAUCCAAUGGGACGAUGAAUUGUCGCUAUUGGCUGCCCUAAAUGUCCUGCAGUGCGAUAUGAAACAUGACCGAUGUCGCAACACUGAUGAUUUCAAAUAUUCCGGUCAGAAUAUUGCCUGGUUGGGUUAUCAUGGUGCAGCUAACGAUGCAAGCCUCCUGGAAAAGGCCGUGGACUUCUGGUACAGUGAGGUGGCCGAUAGUAAAAUGGAUUACAUCAUUAAAUAUCCCAAGAAUUAUACGGGACCAGCCAUUGGUCAUUUCACCGUCAUGGUGGCUGAUCGUAAUGUUCGCGUUGGCUGCGCCGCUGCCACUUAUUCGGUUGAAGGUGAAACGUAUAAAGCUUAUUUGGUGACCUGCAAUUAUGCCACAACGAACAUGAUUAACUUCCCCAUUUAUGAACGUUGCGAUAAGGCAGCUGAAUCCUGCACCACCGGCGCCAAUCCUUCGUAUCCGAAUUUGUGCUCAACAGCUGAAGAAUAUGCAGUCAACAAAUGGUUUUGAAAAUUUUUUGUGAAAUUUUGAAAAAUUUUAAUUGAAAUAAAAAAAUUGUUCAAAAGCAGAA